CACUUCCGCCAUCAUGGCCCUCUUCGCACUCCGUCAUAGAGCCGGUACACUCACUUACACCGCCGCUGCGCUCGUUCGUGGAUCAAGCAUUAGUCCGUUGUCUGUCGUCUCACAAGUUCGACAAUUCUCUGAAAAAAUGAGUUUGCCACGCGUUUUCUUCGAUGUCUCCGCUGACGGCCAGGCUCUUGGCAGGAUUGUUAUGGAGUUGAGAAACGACGUUGUGCCAAAGACUGCCGAGAACUUCCGCGCCUUAUGCACCGGCGAGAAGGGUUUCGGUUACAAGGGCUCCAUCUUCCACCGCAUCAUCCCGAACUUCAUGUGUCAGGGUGGUGACUUCACCAACCACAACGGCACCGGCGGCAAGUCCAUCUACGGCGAGAAGUUCGCCGAUGAGAACUUCUCCCUAAAGCACACCGGCCCUGGCAUCCUGUCCAUGGCCAACGCCGGCGCCAACACGAACGGUUCGCAGUUCUUCAUCACCAUCGCCAAGACCACAUGGCUGGACGGCAAGCACGUCGUUUUCGGCCAGGUCGUAGAGGGCUUGGAAAUUGUCAAGAAGAUGGAGGGCUUCGGCUCCCAGUCCGGCAAGACAAGCAAAAAGCUUUCGAUCGACAACUCCGGUCAACUGUAAAAACAGCAUACACACACACACACACCACAACACUGUUUCCACUGUUUUCCCCGUUCCCAGUCUCGAAGAACUUUUUAUUAUUUUAAUACUCUUUAAAUAACAAAAUAACAAAAUUCGAUGAUAAAAAGGUAGUCAUUUUGUACCACCCGCACACGAUUCAUUCCGAGCUAAAAAAACGAGGAAUUUAUUACACCUCAAGUCACGUUUAUUGUCGAAAAACAGUUCAUUAGUGACCAGCGUUGCGUGUGUGAAAUCUAGGAGGACUUUGUUCUGUCAUCUGAAUGUGAUUCUUUUUAAUUACCAUUCGAUUUCGUUUGCAUUUUUACUCGCAUUUAACGUUAGUGGUAACGUUUAUGGUAAUUAUGUUUAGAAUCUUAGUACUCAUAAAAUCCGCAUCUGUAUGAUAAUAAAUUAAGCAGUCCUAAACUGGGUGUUCCACAAAAUUAGAGCUAAGAGCGGCCAACGGCAGAGUCGUGGGCCGGUCAUUUCAUUUCUAUAACCGGCGAUGAUUUUUGUUAAAUGUUAAAUAAAGUGAUUUAAUCUUGA